GAGUAACUGGAAAGUUGAGUUACACAGGUUUGUUUUUUGUGCAGACAUACGGAAAUACUUAGAUUUGUGUGUCUGUUUAUCAUUCUUCUGGUUUGUAUCUCUUGCAAGCAGUAGCUGCUUCACUUCCUGAAUAGUGCACUGCAUCAUGAAAUUGGAGAAAUUUCUAGAUUUCUCCUGUACACAGACUAUGGUACAGACCGUCAUGCUGAAAGCAGAUGGUAUAAAGUGGCGACUCUGAUAUGGUCCCAGAAAGUUUUGAAGAUGUUGCUGUUGAAUUUUCAAGGGAGGAGUGGGAGAUGCUGAGUGAAAAGGAGAAGAAGCUACACCAGGAAGUGAUGGUGCAGAACUUCGAUCACAUGAUAGAUGUUGGGUACAACAUCCCAGUGGACCACCUUUGGUCACUUAUUUUGAAAGAUAAGAUGCUUCCAUCUGAUAAUGGUGACAGACGAAGGAAUUUGCAGCAAAAUCAGCUUCCUGGUAACAGAAUUAGCAUCAAAAGGGAUGUAGAUUUCUUUGAGAUCCAGAGUCUUCAGUCAUCCUAUGAGAAACCCCAGGAUGCUGAAUUUAACAAAGCUCUCUCAGAUAAGAUGUCGAUCACAAGGGAAAAUGCAGUACAUUCUGAAACCAGACAUAACUGCAAGGAAAGUGAUGAUGGAUGCAUAAAAAAAAACAAACUAGAAAUGCUUCUACAAACUCCCAUGGAAAUGGCAUGCAGUCAGCUUAAUCACAGCAACAGUGUAACAUUCAAUAUUAAUGAUUUAAUUCAUCAAUUAAAUCAUAGUGGGAAAACACAAAAUAAUACAAUGGCAUUACAUGAGCAGGUAUGCAGUAAAAAGAAGCUUUACAAAUGUGUCACAUGUGGCAAGAGUUUUACAUGUAGAAAGACUGUAACACUACAUAAGAUAAUUCAUAGUGGUCAGAAGCCCUACAAAUGUACCAUGUGUGACAAGAGUUUUGCACGGAGGAGUAUUAUGAUAGCUCAUCAAAGGACCCACAGUGGACAGAAGCCCUACAAAUGCAGUAUGUGUGACAAGAGGUUUACACAGAAGAGUAAUAUGGUAUCUCAUCAAAGUACCCACAGUGGAGAGAAGCCCUACCAGUGCAGUGUGUGUGACAAGAGAUUUGCAUGGAAAAGGACUAUGGUACUUCAUCAGCAUAUCCACACAGAACACAACCCUUACAAAUGCACCAUCUGUGACAAGAGUUUUGCACACAAGGGCAACAUGGUAAAACACCAAUAUAUACACACUGGAGAGAAACCCUACAAAUGCAUCACAUGUGACAAGAGUUUUGCACACAAGGGCAACAUGGUAAAACACCAAUAUAUACACACUGUAGAGAAACACUACACAUGCACUACACGUGACAAGACUUUUGCACAGAAGAAUCAGGUGGUAAUUCAUCAGAAUACCCACGCUGGACAGAAAAACUACAAAUGUGCCACAUGUGGUAAGGGUUUUAGGCAGAAGAGCAGUAUGUAUAGGCAUCAGAAUACACACACAGGGCAGAAGUUAUAUAAAUGUACCACGUGUGACAAGACUUUUACACGGAAGGAUCACAUGGUAAAACAUCAACAUAUACACACUGCAGAAAAGUCUUAUAAAUGCGCCAUGUGUGACAAGAGUUUUGGACAGAAGAAUCAGAUGGUAAGUCAUAAGAGUACCCACAUGGGACAGAAAAACUACAAAUGUGCUACAUGUGGUAAGAGUUUUAGGAACAGGAGUAGUAUGUAUAAGCAUCAAAAUACACACACGGGGCAGAAACAUGGUAAUAGAAACCCAAAAGACUUGGAGAAAUUAAAAAGGCAGAAACGUUACAGAUGUACCACAUGCGACAAGAGUUUUGCACAGAGGAGUUAUAUGAUAACUCAUCAAAGAACUCACAGUGGACAGAAGCCCUACCAAUGCAGUGUGUGUGACAAAAGGUUUGCUUGGAAAAUGACUAUGGUACUUCAUCAGCAUAUCCACACAGAACAUAAACCCUACAAAUGCGCCAUCUGUGACAAGAGUUUUGCACAGAAGGGUAAUAUGGUAAAACACCAAUAUACACACACUGGAGACAAACCCUACAAGUGCACCACAUGUGAAAGAGUUUUGCACAGAAGAAUCAGAUGGUCAGUCAUCAGAGUACCCACACAGGACAGAAAAACUACAAAUGUGCCACGUGUGGUAAGCGUUUUAGGGAGAAGGGCAGUAUGAUUAGGCAUCAGAAUAUACACACUGGGCAAAAGCCCUAUAAAUGUACCACGUGUGACAAGACUUUUACACGGAAAGAUUACAUGGUAAAUCAUCAACAUAUACACACUAGAGAGAAGCCAUAUAAAUGCACCAUGUGUGACAAGAAUUUUGCUCAGAAGACUCAGAUGGUAAGUCAUCAGAGUACCCACACAGGACAGAAAAACUACAAAUGUGACACAUGUGGUAAGAGUUUUAGGGGCAGGAGUAGUAUGUAUAGGCAUCAGAAAAUACACACAGGACAGAAGCCGUAUAAAUGUACCAUGUGUGACAAGACUUUUACACGGAAGGAUUACAUGAUAAAUCAUCAAUAUAUACACAGUAGAGAGAAACCAUAUAAAUGCACCACAUGUGAAAAGAGUUUUGCACAGAAGAAUCAGUUGGUAAGUCAUCAGAGUACCCACACAGGACAGAAAAAGCACAGGCCCAGAUGCAGUACCUAACUUUAAUGUUAAAAUUUGCACGAGGAUUGAGCCAUGAGUAAGAACUAUUUAUAGGCGCACCCAGAACAGAUACCACAGUGGCUAACAACAGGCAAAACAAUGCCCUUAACUUAAGAGUGAGCCUGCAAGCUCCCCUAAAAAUUAUAGACC